CCCCCACUGCCAUAGCCUCAGCCCUACCCGCACCUAUCUCCCCUCAAAACCCUGAUCCUCAUUGCCAACGCCGCUACACCCCACCCACCACUGCUCCACACCAGCAGGAGGAGCAGUAUGUAAGCAAGGUCACCAUCAGUGAUGACUUCAAGAUUUGCAGAGAUGCAGGAACCAUCACAGAUGUGUGUAACAGCACUGAUCUUCCUGAGGUGGAAAUCAUCAGUUUGCUUGAGGAACAGUUGCCUCACUAUAACCUGAGAGCUGACACUAUAUACGGCUAUGAUCACGACGACUGGCUCCACACGCCUCUCAUCCCACCCGACGUCAACCUCGACCUGACCACUGAACAGAUUGAGGAGACCCUCAAAUACUUCCUUCUUUGUGCUGAUCGAGUGGGCCAGAUGACUAAGACAUAUAAUGACAUAGAUGCCGUGACACGUCUUUUGGAGGAGAAAGAGCGGGAUUUGGAGUUGGCAGCACGAAUAGGUCAGUCUCUGCUGAAGAAGAACAAAACUCUCAGUGAGAGGAACACCUCCCUGGAGGAGCAGGUGGAACAUAUACGGGAAGAGGUGUCUCAGUUGCGUCAUGAUCUGUCCAUGAAAGAUGAACUCCUGCAGUUCUACACCAGUGCAGCUGAGGAGAGCGACGGAGAGUCUGCUGCUACCACACCCAUUCGUGGAAAUGACUCGUCUCUCUCUGUCCCAAAUUACCUCCCUCUGGAUUCACUGCAGAAGAAACUCCAAGACCUGGAGGCAGAGAACAUUGUCCUAAGAUCAGAGGCAAAUCACCUAGAGACUGAGACAAUCUCAUAUGAAGAAAAGGAACAACAGCUUGUAAAUGACUGUGUUAAAGAGCUCCGAGAUGCUAACAUACAGAUCUCCACGAUUGCAGAGGAGUUAGCUAAGAAGACGGAGGAUGCCUCUCGACAGCAAGAGGAAAUCACCCACCUCCUCUCUCAGGUCGUCGACCUGCAGAAAAAAGCCAAAUCUUAUGCAGUAGAAAACGAAGAGCUCACUCAGCAUUUGGGAGCUGCUAAAGAUGCUCAAAGAGCCCUAACAGCAGAGCUGAGGGAGUUGGAAGAUAAGUAUGCUGAGUGUAUGGAGAUGCUUCAUGAAGCUCAGGAGGAACUGAAGAACUUCAGGAAUAAAACAAUGCCUCUCAGUACACCACGACGAUUCCACUCGCUCGGCCUCUUCCCCUUGGACUCUUUAGCUGCUGAAAUUGAAGGCACCAUGAGGAAAGAGAUUCAGAUGUCUGAUCCAGAAGUAGAAGAACAAAGGUUGCAACCUAAGCGUGUCUUUGAGACUGUGCGGAACAUCAACCAGACGGUUCGGCAGCGCUCGAUGGGCCCCUCCCCUAUGAACAUCCCGGGGUCCAAUCAGACAUCCAGUCUGAACUCCAGGAGAUCUAGUUGUCUGAGCACACCCAGAUCGAGCAUGUAUGGAGGGGACGGUUUAGAAAUGGACAACCGCACUAACAGCAUGCUGAUGGACACUGAAUCACUUCAGGAUGGCUCUAAUGACUCCAACAGAAAGCCUGGCACGCCUGGCACACCCGGCUCCCGUGACCUGGAGGCGGCUCUGCGACGUCUCUCCCUUCGCCGGGACAACUGCAUGAGCGAACGGCGUUUCUUCGAGGAGGAGAGAGAGCGUAAACUCAACGCUCUGUCGGAGGAGAAGAACAAAAUGUACGGGGACAGAGAUGGUGGGAGUGGCAUUGAGGAGGGCGGCUCCCUCACUCCGGCGGACAGCAUCAUGUCUCUGGGCACCCUGCACUCGGUGUACUCCAUCUACAGUGCCCGCUCCUACCUGCCAGAUAAACUCCAGAUUGUCAAACCUCUGGAAGGUUCAGCCACUCUGCAUGCAUGGCAGCAGUUAGCCCAGCCCCACCUAGGCGGCCUCCUUGACACUCGGCCGGGCGUGGUGACCAAGGGCUUUCGCCCGCUGGAGCUGGACCUGGAGGAGGUGUACCAAUUCAACGACCUGGAGGAAGAUGAGCCAGGACAGCAUUCCCAAUCGGUCAUCUCUACUUCUGGCCUGGGCUCUCUGCCCUGCUCACCCCCUUCCAGGCAACCACGCAUCAACAAUUGCGUCAGCCAAGAAGAGCAGCUGAGAGAGAGCGGAGGGACCCCUGGAAUAUGGCCAGACCGAGUGGAGGCAGGAGUGGAGGAGGUCUCAUCUGUUAAUUUCCCUGGUAAAUGUAUGUCUCACACCAGCUCUACGUACACCUUCACCACCUGCAGGAUACUGCAUCCUUCAGACGAACUCACCAGAGUCACACCCAGUCUGUUAUCAGGUCCAUCAUUCGCCUCUUGUGUGAAAUCCAACACUAGUCUGCAUUCAACCCCUGUGUCCACCCCCUGCACUCCUCGCCGCCUCACCCUGGCGGAGAGCUUCACCAACCUCCGGGACUCUACCAAGACCACCAGUACCUCUCUGGGUCUAGUGCACCUCCUACAGGAUAGAGGUAUAUCUGCUGCUGUCUAUAACCCUCUCAGCUGGGACCGGGCGGAUCCGGCCUCUCCAACAGACCCCUGCUCAUCAUCAACAUGCACUGGCACCCCCACCCACCUGGGCUCAGACACUCUCCCCUCCACCCCUCCAAACUCCCCCAGCAAGUCUAAACCCACCAGUCCUGUGUUACCUGUAGACUACAACCCUUCAGACCCAACCUACGAAACUUUCCUGGCAUCACGACCAGCCAUUUCAAUUCUAAAGGAUGUACGGGAAGCAGAUGAAAGGGUUCAAAAUAAUUUGCAGUGUCAGACUGAGGUUAGUGUGCAGAACCUGCGACUGGUGGACAAGGUGAAGAGGUUUAGCCUGGCUCCCAGAACAUUGACCCCGGGACACAUGCUGGGGAUUGGAAGGCCAGGUCCUCCAUUCGGAGGCCAUACUGUGGUGACCUCUCCCAUCGGGGGAUUGCCAGUGCUGAACUCAGGGAUGAGAAGAAACCGCAGUUAUCCUGCUAUGGUUGGGGCUAGUAUGGCUAUGAAGGGCCCUGGGCCUCAAACUGAGGACCUGCUGUUGGCCCCCAGGCCACCCAGACAAACUAGCCUCAAUGAAAAGUGAAUGUUGCCUCACUAUCAUCCCCGUUUACCUUUUUAUUUGUUUAAAUUUAUGGUUAAACAGUAAAUCAUUCUUAUGACAACUCUGCAGUGCCUGUUAUUAGUGAUGAUAAUGAUAUUUGUAUAGAUUAUUUUGUUAUGACGACUGCUAUAUAAACCUCUUUCUGUUCUUUGUCUUUUUCUCUUUCUUUCUGUCUAGCCAACACACACAGUACAGUUCAUUCAGCAGUGUCAUAUGUUUCAAGCUUUUGUCAUCUUGAGAAGAAAAUGGGCCUUGCACUUGCUAGCUGCAGGCAAAUGUAGCAUUUUAACAAAGAGGGAAAUUCAUGCUCCACUUUUUGAAUUUAUAACUACUCAAAGAUAAGCAAGAACAUUUCUUUUUUGUUGUUGGUAUAGUUAUUGUUGUACAUUUGGUCUUCCUAACCCCACAGUUGUUUUGCUGUGUGAUAUUUCAAGAUGUGUGAGUUUCAUGAGGUUAGCAAGAGCACUGAGAGCACCUUAAUGCUAAUGGUAGCCGAGAUAUUGAUAAAUAUUGAAGCCUUGUCUGUUGUCAAAUUUUGGUCAGAUUUGAAACUUCUUAUUGGCCGUAAUAUUAAGCUUUAUACAAAGCCCAUCAAUUAUGCAGAAAAUUUUAAAUAUGCUUUUACGUAGUACAGAUAUUUUCACAGAAGCCGUGCUCAAUCUAGUCUAGCCAAUUAUAUGAAUGCAACAUAACCUUUAAUGUCUGAAUUGGCUUAAAUAUAUAAUAUGGCGGUAAUAACAGUGUAAUAACACAUCUCAAUGAUUCAACAUUUACCAGAGGGCUCUGUUAACUCUCUGCUCUGUACAGCCUCGAAGACUAGUCAAAAGUUGACUGACUGAAAUAUUUCAGAGAGCUUAAAGGGCUGUACGAUGAAUUGCAGCAGUUUGGUCUGAACUUGAAACAUAAUCAUUGCUUUUAAUGUCCUUUUGUGACAUACCAAAACAGUAUAAAUAAUUACAGUAUCGAAGACUUGAUGGGAAAAUUGCACAACUACACAUUUCCUUGGUCAAGAGGAUGUUCAUCAUCAUCUGUGACUUUGGAACCUAUUGACUGAUAUGUUAUUCGAAAAGUGAAGUGUGUACUGUAGCUUUAAAGAUUUCAAAGGUGCAACAGGAAUGAAAUCAUAGUGCCUGAUCUUUUUUAUUUUUAUUAUUAUUGACAGAAUCAUAAUGGCUUUGCCUGCCACAAUAUGCACUGGCAUAAACACUGUAACUAUGUUGAUGUGUUGACUUCCCAAUGGUUUUAACCUUUGUUGAAGUUGUCAAUGCAGUUGUAGGGUGUUCUGUGUGAAGGAUAUAUUGUAUUUGCGAUUGAUGAAGAAGCACAUACAGUUGCAUGAGUUUGUCUAAAGAAAAGGCCUGUGUGUUUCUUUUAGUUGAAACGAAUGAGAUUUGUCACUUGACCAUGUGCGCUGUAUGUGUGUUUGCAUUUAAUCAAAGCGUAACUUUUUUUGAAUGUGUUUCAGAACCACAACGGUAUCUGCCAUGACUAAACAUUGAUUUCAAUGGUUGGUUUAUUUCAUCACCUUGAUGAAGGGACAUUUUACUUGUAUAUUGUAAAUGGUAAAUAUGCAAAGUGUAAAUAUGCUAUCUUUUUUAAGAAAAGAACAAAAUACCUAAACUUGAAAAAAUGUGAAAAUGGAAAGCGUCAACAAAGGUGAAAAGAGUUUUUGUUCAUGAAUUUCAAAGCUCGCCUUUGCAAGGGUCAUCAAUAAACCACUUG